GGGAUAUCACUAGUGUUUUGCUGUAUUUGUCUGCCAUCAUGAAUUAACGCUGGAGUGUCAAAGUUGGAUCUGGUGAACGUUUUGUGUCUCUGCCGUCUGGCUGCACGUACGUUGUGUUGCGAGGCGAACUGGACAGGAUCUGCAACCCCUUUCCAGCGGAGGAGCCGAAGGUCCGGCACAACGGCCAUCAGCCACACGGGAAGAGGAGGAGGAGGGUGAAAAAAAUCAUCCGGCUGUGGCCACCAAAGGCUGAACCUCAGUGGCCACAGCAAUGCACCACGGUCCCUCUGCCUCGGCUCGGUGGGCAAGCAGGAGCCAGACAUGUAUGCCUCCAGUAAAUACAGCUCCCGGGGACCUGCUCUUAUCCCUCGGAUGAAAACCAAGCACCGUAUAUACUACAUUACUCUCUUCUCUGUGGUGUUGCUCGGCCUCAUUGCCACUGGGAUGUUUCAGUUCUGGCCUCACUCCAUUGAGUCCACAGCUGACUGGACCGUCGACAAACGGAGUGUUCAUGAUGCUCCUCUGGUGCGCCUCCCAGUCUCCAGUCCCAUUCCUGAGAGGGGAGACCUCAGCUGUCGCAUGCACACUUGUUUCGAUGUGUAUAGAUGUGGCUACAACCCUAAGAAUCGAAUUAAGGUUUACAUCUACCCGCUACAGAGAUUUGUUGAUGAACUUGGGGUUCCGAUCAGCAGCACAGGACUUUCACGCGAAUAUAACGACAUUCUCAGCGCCAUUUCGGACAGCGACUUUUACACUGAUGAUGUCAACAGGGCUUGUCUUUUUAUCCCCUCAACCGAUGUCCUGAAUCAGAACUCCCUGCGAAUCAGAGAGACCGCUCAGGCUCUGGCAAUGCUACCCAGGUGGAACAAGGGGAUGAAUCACCUACUUUUUAACAUGUUGCCAGGGGGCCCACCAGACUACAACACUGCUUUGGAUGUGCCCCGAGACAGAGCACUCCUGGCUGGUGGUGGCUUCUCCACAUGGACGUACAGACAAGGUUACGAUGUCAGCAUCCCAGUUUACAGCCCCCUUUCUGCUGAUGUUGAGCUGCCUGAGAGACAGCCUGGGCCUCGCCGCUAUUUCAUCCUGUCAUCUCAAACAGCCAUUCACCGUGAGUAUCGGGCUGAACUCGAACGCCUGAAGGAGGAAAAUGGCCAGGCUCUCCUCCUUCUGGACAAGUGUAGCAACCUCUCCCAGGGAGCUGCCUCUGCUCGAAAGCGAUGUUACAAGGGCCAGGUGUAUGACUACCCUCAGAUUCUGCAGGAGUCCUCCUUUUGUGUGGUGCUAAGGGGUGCACGUUUGGGUCAGGCUGCUCUUAGUGAUGUGCUGCAAGCUGGUUGUGUCCCUGUCAUCCUUGCGGAUUCCUACAUCCUUCCUUUUUCUGAAGUUCUUGACUGGAAAAGAGCAUCUGUGGUUAUCCCAGAAGAGAAGCUCUCUGAGAUGUACACCAUCUUGAAGAGUAUCCCACACAGACAAGUGGAGGAGAUGCAGAGACAGGCACUCUGGUUUUGGGAAGCCUAUUUCAGCUCCAUGAAGGCCAUCGGCCUGACGACGCUGCAGAUCAUCAAUGACCGCAUCUACCCAUAUGCCGCACAUACAUACGAGCAGUGGAACAAUCCAACUAUUGUGAAGUGGUCCAGUGUGAACAGUCCCCUCUUCUUGCCACUUAUCCCACCAAGAGCACCUGGGUUCACAGCAGUGGUGUUGACCUACGAUCGUGUCGAGAGUCUUUUCCGAGUCAUCACAGAAAUUUCCAAAGUUCCUAGCUUGGCUAAGCUGCUGGUGGUGUGGAAUAAUCAGAACAAGAGUCCUCCUGAGGAAUCUCUUUGGCCCAAGAUUGGUGUGCCUCUCAAAGUUGUGCGCACAAAAGAAAACAAGCUGAGUAACCGCUUUUUCCCCUAUGACGAGAUUGAGACUGAAGCUGUGUUGGCCAUUGAUGACGACAUCAUCAUGUUGACAUCUGAUGAACUGCAGUUUGGUUAUGAGGUAUGGAGGGAGUUCCCUGAUAGGCUUGUUGGUUACCCGGGCCGACUGCACCUCUGGGACCAUGAAAUGGGAAAGUGGAAGUAUGAGUCGGAGUGGACCAACGAGGUCUCCAUGGUUCUGACGGGUGCUGCUUUUUACCACAAGUACUUCAACUACUUGUACACAUACAAGAUGCCGGGAGACAUCAAGAACUGGGUCGACGCACACAUGAAUUGUGAAGAUAUUGCCAUGAACUUUCUGGUGGCCAACGUUACUGGCAAAGCCCCCAUAAAGGUGACCCCCAGGAAGAAGUUCAAGUGUCCUGAGUGUACUGCCAUAGAUGGCCUGUCCCUGGAUCAGACGCACAUGGUGGAGAGAUCUGAGUGCAUCAACAAGUUUGCAUCAGUUUUUGGCACCAUGCCUCUGAAGGUGGUGGAGCACCGGGCCGACCCGGUUCUCUACAAAGACGACUUCCCAGAGAAACUCAAAAGCUUCCCCAACAUCGGCAGCCUCUGACCAGCACGCACUACGUGUUUGGACCUCACUACAGCUUCAGCAGAGCCACACUUGACUUUUCUGCCAUUAUACAUUCUCUUGUACAGUGCUUUUAUGUUCCCAUCACCUCUUUCAUGUUAAAUUGAAAAUGCAUGUUUGGUUUGGGAUUCUUACACCCGAUGUUAAUCAUGACUGAUGAGUGAUCCUCACUGAGCUUUAGCUAUGAUGGGAUCAGUGCAUAUGUACAUUUAUACAUAUGGAUUUUGCUUCAGGAAUGAAUAUUAGUUGUAAUUUAUUAUUCCAUAUUUAACGUUUAAACGGUUUUAUGGACUGGUUGGGGUGGGUUGUAAAAAAAAAAAAAAAAAGAAAAUAUUCUUGCCUAAUUGACUGUAUAGUUAAUGGGUCUGUCUUAGCUGGAAACAAACAAGACAAGAAGAAAUUCCCUGAUUGGACAAAGCUGCUCUCAGAAAUCUAAUAUUUAGAUUUUUCUGUUGAUCACGUUCCUGAGCUACUGGAUUGUCUUCCGUGCAUGUGAUGUUAAAUUGCUCGUGUGUCCGACACAUCUUACAGAUCAAUAAAUAUUGCCUUGUUCUGAA